AUGAUUACUUUAAGAGGGAAGCUGAAGAAGGAUAGUGAUAUAACAAACUCAAAAAACAAAGAUUAUAAUAAACGUGUUUCUGUCCGUGAUAAAUUAUUAAUUAAAGAGGUUCAAGAGAUGGAACAAACUUUACCUAGUACAUGUCAAGUGAAAUUCCACGAUCCUCAUUCUCUACAUGAGUUUAUGCUGUUGAUAGUUCCUGAUGAAGGAUAUUGGAUUGGAGGUAGAUUCGAGUUUCAGAUUUAUAUAUCUGAAGAUUAUAAUAUGGUUCCACCAAAAGUUAAGUGCUUAACAAAAUUAUGGCAUCCUAACAUAAAUGUGGAUGGUGAUGUGUGUCUUUCAAUUUUAAGACAAAGUAGUAUAGAUGGGAUGGGAUGGGCACCAACCCGUAAGCUUAAAGAUGUUAUAUGGGGCUUGAAUUCUCUUUUUACUGAUCUUUUAAAUUUUGAUGACCCUUUGAAUAGAGAUGCAGCUGACCUAUUUAUAAAUGAUAAGGAGUCCUUUCAAAAUAAAGUUAAAGAUUAUGUGAUACAGUAUGCGAAAAGAUGA